AUGCCGAAAGCAGACACCCCGCCGGGCUUCAAGCCCCUGAGAGACACCGCCCUCUUCACGCCCUUCAAGCUGGGGCCGCUGAAUCUCGAGCACCGGAUAGUGCAGGCUCCCUUGACGCGCAUGCGAAGUACCAAGGAGAGCGAUGGUGUCACAGUACCGAACGACCUCAAUGUCGAGUAUUACGGCCAGCGCGCAAACAAGGGCGGCCUCCAGCUGACCGAAGCUACCGACAUUUGCAAAUACGCCGGAGGGUACCCAGGUGCACCGGGCAUCUUCACCGAGUCGCAAAUUGCGGGCUGGAAGAGGGUCACGGAUGCCGUGCACGCGAAGGGUGGCUACAUCUUCUGCCAGCUCUGGUUCACCGGCCGUGCAUCGCCGCCCUCAUUCCGCGGCGGCCAGCAGCCCGUCAGCUCGAGCGAUAUUCCCAUGACCGGGAACUGGGCAGACGGCACGCCCUGCGCAGACCACCCGCCGCGGCCCAUGACGAUCGAGGAGAUCAAUCAAACGGUCAAGGACUGGGGUAUUGCCGCGAAGAAUGCAAUCGCAGCUGGCUUCGAUGGCAUCGAGAUCCACGGCGCAAACGGCUAUUUGAUUGACCAGUUUCUGCACGACAACGUGAAUAAGAGGACCGACGAGUACGGCGGAUCGGUGGAGAACCGGUGCCGACUCCCGCUGGAGGUGAUCCAGGAGACGAGCAAGGCCAUUGGUCCUGAUCGCGUCGGCAUCCGCUUGAGCCCGUACAACUACUUCCAGGACACGAAAGACAGCAAUCCGAACGAGCAUUGGGAAUACCUGUGCGAGAAGAUUGCGACCCUGCCGGAGGACGUGAGGCCGGCAUACGUGCACAUGGUUGAGCCGCGCUUCGACGAGGUCCUGGACGAGAAGGCGAAGAUGGAUGCCCUCUCCGCGUACACCAACUCCUCUCACGGCGUCGAAGCCGAGGCGACCAUCAAGCCGAAGACGAACAAUCUCGUCAACUUCCGCAACAUCCUGAGGAAAGGGGGCGUCAAGUUCAUCGCCGCGGGUGGCUUUACGAGAGACAAUGCCCUGCCCAAGGUGGAGUCUAGCGACGCCGACCUCAUCAUCUUUGGUCGCUGGUUCAUCGCGAACCCGGAUCUUCCGAAGCGACUGGCCGAGGGCCUGCGGUUGAACCAGUACGAUCGAUCGACCUUUUACGGGGCCGAUCCGCCAUCCAAGGGCUACGUGGACUAUCCGUUCUUCGAGCAGGACGUGGCGGCAUGA